AUGGCCCUUAGAAUUUGCUUCUUGUUCCUUGUGAUAGCUUUGCCGCUUGCAGUUAGCACUUCAACUUCUGUCCAAAACGGCCUGAGUUCACUUUCAUUUAGCUACUCUGGCGCAACUGGCCCAGAUAAAUGGGGAAGCUUGAGCCCAAAUUUCUCAGCAUGCUCAAAUGGGAAGAUACAAUCUCCUGUGGACAUCGUGAAGGGCAUACUUACCCCUAGCAAGAGAUUAAAGCCAUUAACCAGAGUCUACAGUGCUUCAAAUGCCACUUUGUUUAACAACGGCUUUAACAUUGGGGUGCAUUUCGAAGGACAUGUGGGGACAUUGGAUCUGGAUGGUAAGAACUAUGACUUGAAGCAGAUGCACUGGCACUCUCCCUCUGAGCACCGCCUUAAUGGAGUCCAAUUUCCAGCUGAGCUUCAUCUACUUCACCAGGCAUCUGACCAGAGCAUGUCCGUUGUGUCAGUUCUCUUCCAAUUCGGCAAGGAUGAUAUAAUCAUCUCUAAGAUUAAGGACAAGCUGACUGAGCUGGCCAAGGAGACGUGUAAAAAGGAAGAAGAUGCUCAAAUUCCCCUCGGAACCGUAGAUAUCAACGAGUUCCAGAAGAAGAGCCGGAAAUAUUUCAGAUAUGUUGGUUCUCUCACCGUUCCUCCAUGCACCGAGAAUGUCGUAUGGAACAUUCUUGGAAAGGUAAGGACCAUUUCCAAGGAUCAGUUAAAUGCUCUAAAAGCACCAUUGGAUUCAGCUUGCAAGAACAACUCAAGACCACUGCAGCCUCCUAAUGGACGCAAAGUCGAGCUCUACGAUGAGCUUAGGGACCAGUAA